AUGCUAAUUUUUUUUUGUUGUUGUUUCAUUUUGUUUUCCUCCCUAUCCCAUGAUCCUACAGGAAGGGUGCAACAACUCUAUGGAAACCUUUGUUACAAUUCUAACAGCGGUUUGUUCGUGGCACACAAUCCGGCCAGGUGCUGUACAAGUUGUGCUGGGUCUUUUUCACCAGGUAGUAGAGAAAUAUUAAGCUUUUCAAAUUUUUACCACCAUGAUGAAUUUAUUAAAAGGAGAAUUUACCCUUUUGUAGAGCAUCCUACGGAUGAUCUAUGGUGCAACGAACCCAAUCUAACGCAGCGCGAGGCGCAGACGGGAAAAUACACACGGAUCAAUGUCCCACGCGGGGGAGGAAAUCCUCUGCAGAAUAAAUUAAAGGAAAAGCCGCUUUCGCUUCCUUCUCUUUUGCGCUUAGGGGGUUGGAAAAUUGUGCAGGGAUGUGUAGAAAUAGCCAAGCGCAGCCUACACAUCGGAGGAAGAAGGGUCGCCACUCGUGCACCUACGGAGGAACAAAGCCAAGCGGGUGAACAAAAAAGUGAAGAUAAAAAUUAUAACAAUAACUGUAAGAACUGCCACAAUGGCAACCACAACAGUGGCACUAGUAGUAAUGUUAUAACGGCGGGGGGGCUCUUCUCUCCUGGGUGGGCCAAGGGAGGGACCCCUUUAACGACAUUCGGUGAGAAAAAAAGGGAAAUGCUCCCAGGGGAAGAAUCACUCAUAAAGAGGAUAUUCACAAUUUAUAGAAGAGUACCGUAUGUGCAUCCCUGGUCUAAAGUCACUUCAAAAAAACAGACACGACGAUGUCUCGCAGAGUUUAUCAACUUAGACACAAGUCCAAAAGGGGAGAAGAAGGCAAGUGGAGUAGAGGGGAAAUACCGAGGAGAGACACCAAAUGAUUACCUAGUGGGUGAGAAGAACCGAGAGAAGAAUACAAAAAAUAUACACAUGCAAGAACCCAGUAAGUCAUCCGGCUACCAUGUGGAAUCUACACCAAGUAGAGACAUAAGCACAUCGUUGAAGUCACUAUUUCUAAACAGAAAAAAAAAGAAAGGAGAAAAAAAUAAGAGAAACAACCUUUCCAAGAAUAUUGGGCAUACAGCAGAAUUUAUAGAAGAACAAAAUCCUAUGGAUAAGUCUCCCCUUACGCAUAUCCUGGCUGACCAAAUGUUUAUAAGAACGAAAAAUCAGAUGACAUCCAUUCAGAUUAAAGGGAAUAAACUAAACAAUUUUAAGUACAAAAAUAUUUUAAUAUAUGAUUCCUUUGAAAAUUGUAAAGGGAAUAUCCUUGAGAAGGUCUCUGUAAAAGAAAUUUCACCUUUCUACAUAUUAACAGAAACUUUUAUGAUUAACAAACUGGGAAUGUUUUCCAUUUGCAUCGAAAGGGAAGAGCCAGAAUAUGUCGCAUUGUUAAAAAUCCAAAAGAACUUAAUUGAACAGAUAACACCAUUAAAUGAUGUAAGCACAGUAUCUGUAUUCAGCUGCAACCUCGGGGAAUCAUCCAUAUACAUUCCUGAAGAAAACCUGGUGAGGGUUGUAAAAAAAGUAGGAGAAAAUUUAUCACAAAAAACUUAUUCUUAUGAUAAUCUGGGUAAAGUUUUAAUGAAAGAAAUAAAAAUUUUGGCUUGCUCUUCCACCAAAAAUUAUGCUGUCUUCCUGGAAAUGAAUUAUAUAAUCGUUGUCAAUUCAAGCAUGAACACUGUAUACGAAGUUAUUUCACAUUUCUUGACUAAACCGGUUGGCAUAUUUCUAGACAACCACAUUAUAUAUGUCACAGACGCGGACAGGAAGGAUAUUUUCAGAUAUACGUCGGAGUAUAUACACCAGCAAAUCUCCUCUUCGUUGACCUUUCUGGACCAAACUGGGCAAAUCAGUCAUGCUAGCCAAAUGAGCGAAAUGGAGCAAGGGAUAGGGGAAAAGGGAGAAAAACUGCCAUCACCUGCGUAUCAUAUUCCAGGAAAAAAAAACGGUCGAUACAUAUAUGCAACAAAAAAAAAAAAGAGAGACUACCUCUCUCCCUUGGGGAGAAUCUUCCUGCAAGAUAAAGGAAAUGAACAUAUAGACUAUUUAAUGAACGGAGAAAAUUACCUAAUAGGCUACCCUGAACAUUUGUACAAAAUACGCAAAUACAAAAGACACAGGGAAAGGCUUAGAGGACUUUUGCCUAACAGUGUAACAUUGAUUUACCCAGCAGGAAUUGUUGUGGAUCAGGAGAAGGUAUACUUCGUAGACACAGCACUACAUAUGCUAUUUUGCUUUUCCUUGAAGGAAAAUAAAAUUAUCGAGACUUUUGGUUAUCUAAACUCUCCAGUUAUGAGCGACAAGGGAUUGAACAAACCUUUUUCCUUAUCCUUAUUUCAUGUGACUAAAUGGAAAAAGAGCCUCCUUUUUUUGAGCGAACUUUCUAGCUCUAUAAUCCUAAUAUUUGAAAUAAAUGAAAAUAUGCAAUUGUACUUAACAUAUGGUAACCUCCCACUUGACAUCGCUACCUCCAUUGUCGUGACGACAAAAUUCUUAAUCGUCUGUGGAUUAAAAAAAAGUAAAGAAAAUUAUGUGAACUAUGUUACAUAUAUAAAGAUUGAAGACUUGAGCGAGUUCGAAAUUGAGUACAACAAAUUUCCAUACACCCUACACUAUGGAAAAGUGGUAAAUAUGACACCCCUGAAAAAAAGUAGCAACAUAAAAAAGUUUACCCUUAGACAGUACGAAAAUAAAAGCACUAAAAAUAUCGAAACAGGAUUGCAUAUAGACAAACACAGUGGAAUAAUAAGUGGGAAGGUAAAGAUCUCGGCAUGGUUCCACAUGGAAAUAGUGGCUUACGAUUACUUCAAGAAGAACACCUUGAGUUUUGAAAACUUCAUCUCUUCAUGUCCUAAGGGAUUCUUCUUUAAGAAAAGGAAUUGUGUCCCUUGUCCAAUAGGGUAUUAUACUUCAAAUGCGCAUAGACUCCAAUGCUUGAGCUGUGAAAACUACAGAAAAAAUUCAACCACCUCUUACACUGGAUCCAUUUCCAGAAAUGAGUGUUUAUGUAAAGCUGGAUAUUACCUCGAUAACACAGAAAAGUUAUGCAAAAAAUGCCCGGCAGGCUACUAUAAGGAUCAAAUAGGAGAUUUCAAAUGUCAGUCUACAUGUGAAAAUAUGAAAAGAAGUAUUGUCGAAGGAGCAGCCAGUUAUGAAGAAUUAAAGUGUGCAUGCAAAGAUGGGUACUAUACCGAUGCUCAAUCCAAAUGUAUUUCAUGCUAUUUAAGCUCUUAUUGUAUUUAUAACCCAAACGUUCCUAUUUACAAAGCGGAUAUUAUUCCUUGUAAAAAAUACAUGGUAACUUUAAAAAGGGGAUCUGAUUCCCCUAAAGAUUGUAUCUGCUCCAUUGGUUAUUUCUACGAAAAUGAAACAGACACAUGCAAGCUUUGUGCCUAUGAUACGUAUAAACCAAACCCAGGCAAUGAAUCCUGCACACCAUUUGUAACUAAUCCAGGAUCCACACAAGAAUUUCUCCCCAAUGAAAAUUAUUUUGAACAUUCAAAUGUGUUUUUAAAAAAAACAUCUAACGUUAUUAUUUCCCCCAAGAAAGGGAACUCCUCUUUCCAUAGUGCCAAGUAUUGCGAAACUGGAUACUUCUACAGCAAGAAUAAGUCCAUUUGUUCCAUUUGUAGAUAUAACGGGUACUGCAAAGGUCUCCACAAUGAAGUUACUAUGUGCCCAAAGAAUUCAAUCACGGUCCAGUUAAAGAGUGUCAGCGCUCUAGACUGUUUAUGCGAAAAGGGAUAUGGGCGAAUAACCAUUCAAAAGCACAAAUCAUUCAAUAUAUUAUGUGUCCCUUGUCCUUACAACACUUUCCAGCCUCACCAUUCUUCUGGUGAAUGCAUUCCUUGCCCUCCUUACACCUUUACCAUUUCUCCAAUGUCCACUUCCAUCACGGACUGCUUGCCUCAAAAUGGCUACUACAACAUGUACUUUCAGUACAUAUACCAGCAUUCCAAGGAGAGGCUCGUUAGAAAUGUGCCUUUGUUUUUUCAGCAAUACCGUCGCUACGUGAACGAUCAGUACAGGAAGGGGAGAGAGGCGCAUCUUCCCAAAGGGAAGCCAAAAGCAAUUUUACAUGGAGAACAUAUGUGUAGAAUACCUCAUAAGCAUAAUCCUCUAUCACUACACCAUCUGACUAACAACCUGAUGGAGGGGGGAAGAAUCCAUUGGGGUCACGAGGAAAAUGAAAAAAAUUCCCAAUGCAAUUGGGGCAACAAUCCCUAUGCCACAACUGCCUACGAAAAAGACCUCACUAAAAAUGGAAUUCCCAAAAUAAGUAACAGCAUACGCAAUUUGAAAGGAACGUACAGCAACGCCUUCUACACGAAUUACUUCAAAAAUGUCAUUCUCAUGGAUACUUCAAAAAUGGCCCGUUUUAUACAGCAGGAGGGGUCCAUAUUUUCUUUAGAUAACUCACCAGUAGAGGAAAACAACCCUAAGAGGAUGCUUAAUGAUCAGAGUGAGCUACUUCAGGAAAGCACCAAAUGGGCAUCUUCAAAAAGGGAAAGUGUACUAAUGAAAGAUGGAAAAGAUGACCUACCCGAAAUAACGAGCGCUGAAGGAGAGUCGUCAGGGACACCCGGUGAUAGCAACUCAAAUUUAAAUGAAUCAAUUCUACUACUAGAAGAGGUGAAAGCGGUUGCACGCAAAUUCAACUUUAUAUCACAAAAGAGAAAGGACUUACUUAUGUUGAUAAAGUCAAGGGAAGAAACUUACAUAGAGAAUAAGGGAAAGGACAUAUCGUACGAAUGCUACGAAAUGGAAAGAGCAAUAGUUAUACAAAAAAAUGUGUAUGUAUCUAUCAUUCCAGAAAUUGAUCUAAUAAGUUGUCUUAACAGAUGUAUCUCAAAUAUAUACUGCACAGGAAUAGAAAUGGAUAGAACAAUUCCCCAAGGAAAGACAGACUUAUUUUUCUUCCUAAACAAAAGACAUGGGACGAAAAUUCUCCAUUUUUUCAAAUGCUAUUUAUAUUUUUAUGAAGAAAUUUCAUCAUAUUAUAAAAAGGAGACUUUGAAAAGAAUAGAAGAUAUACAAUAUUAUGAUGAUGCGAAUACGAUAACAGCCUGUGUGGUGCAAAAGAAUGAAAUGCUAGAGUUGUGGAAGAUCUACAAUCUUGAUAUAUGUCCAAAUAACUAUUAUUGUCCUGAAAAAUCAUUUAGAAAAAAAAAGUGCCCCUUAAAUUCAGUUAAAAAGAACUUCCAGGGAACUAUCAAAGAUUGCUUAUGUUCCCCAGGGUACUCGCUGCAGAAAAAUUUAAAUCUGUGUGUAGCAUGUGAGAAGGGAACUUACAAAGAUUCUACAUCAAAUGGAAAAUGCACCAAAUGUCCUCUGAACUUAACUACAUCUUCUGAAGCAUCGAGUUCCAAGUAUGACUGCGUUUGCAGAGAAGGCUAUUAUUUUCACGGACGAUUCAGCAUAAAAUUGGUGGACUUGAAAAUGGAGAAAGUUAUGAUUGAAGGUAUUAAAAAAACGAAAAAGAAUAAAAUUCUAUCUCUACGAAAUGGGAAAAACAAAAUGGAGGAUCUUUCUUUUCAAGUAAAGUCUGCUGGGAGAAGGCAAAAAUUCCACAAAAUGGUGCAAGCAAUUUUAGGGGAAAGUCCUCAAGGGGAGGGAGGGAAAAGGAGACAUGACGGGGGUGACAACACGAGUGUAAAUAAUCAAAACGAAGUGGCAUCUAUCGCCAAGGAGAGAAGCUUGAGUCAAAUGGGAGAUAUCCCGGUGCACGUUUCUCAGAGCCCGCAUGCAGUGCAAAGACAUUACAAUGCACCCUCCAGUUUAAAUUUUCUUUCCAAGAAACUUUAUGACAACGUGGACAAUUCCCCCUACGGAACGUGCAUUAAAUGCCCCGAUAAAAUGUUCUGUCCGGGAUUUUGGUUUAAAAAUUUCGAAAGGGAGCUUCAUCACCCUCCCAUAUUUUGUCCCAAGGGGUCAACCAUACCUAAGACGACCUUAGAAUCGACGGACAUGCACAAGUGCAUAUGCGGAAAAGGGUACAGCAUAAAUGUGAAAAAGAACCACUACAAUAGUGGAGGAAACAACGUAAAUGACAGAAGCGACAAAAAUGGCAGAUGGGGAAGUAGCGGCGAAAUGUGCGUGAAGUGUGAAGAGGGAUACUACAAAGACAUUGUGGAUAAUUCACCCUGCGCUGGGCUAUGCAUGGAAUUUUCCACUUCCUUCCAAGGAUCUAUCAGCAAAAAACAGUGCUUUUGUUCUAGUGGAAAAUAUAUGAUACAUGAGUCUUCCCACGAAAUGAAAUGCGUGAAUUGUUCCAAAGGGGCACUAUGCAUUGGUGGCUUGAAGUACAAGUCGCUAAAGAAUUUAAUCAAGGAUUCCAACUACACCGACAUAGAAAUUAACGACCAUGUUAUUCCAUUCCCUCAGAAGGGAUAUUUCGCUACCUUUGAAAUAAAACAUGAUGAUUUCGCAUGGUCACCGCUGAACUCCCUAAACCUUCAGAUAAAUAAUUACGAAAAAGGAGAUAUCAUAAUUAAAAACAAAAUUGCCAAAGAGCUAUUUGGCCGAAGGGCAAGAUAUCUUACUGUAGAGAGGAGUGAUCAGAAUGAUCAUCCAAAGGACAACAAAAUGGAAAUAAAACCGGGAAAUGAAAAACGACUGGGUUACGCCCCCAGUAAGGAAAGUAACUUACUAGUCGGAGUGGGAGUAACGCACAUCCUAGUUAACGAAAAAUUGGAAAAGCUGAAAUACAAAAAUGAAUAUUUAACUGUGGAAAGAAUUCCAGAUUUCCACUUGUGUCCAAUUAGUAAAAGGUGCGUAGGGGGUGUAGACAAUUUAUGUGCUCACGGAUCGGAAGGAUAUUUAUGUAACAACUGCUCAAAGAAUUAUGAUACGAUUUAUUUCAGAUCCCAAUGCUUUAAAUGUAAAAAGACAAAAACAGAACUGAUGAAUUUAUUGGCUAGGAAAAUAUUUUUCUAUAUGAUAGUAUUCUUUUUAAUAUAUUUAAAUUAUUUCUGCUAUGUAAAAAGGAACUUUGUAUUUAUGGGCAUAUUAAAAAUAUGGUAUUUUUUUAUCAUCUGUUUUUUGCCCUACAUUUAUAUAGUAGAGUCCAAUCAUAAUUCUCUAUCAAACCAUUUGUUCUACUUCCACUUCUUUAUCACUCUCCCUAUGAGAUUUCUCACUCAAUAUUUGAAGAUGAACUGCUUCAUGAACUCGUAUAGCAACCAACAGUAUAUACACAUAUGGUACAUCCAGAGGUACAUAAAAAUCGCGGAGCCCAUGAUUGACUGCGUUGUGUUAACUGCUAUCUUUUUAACUAUCUACCUGGUGUACACAUGGCUGAAGAGGAAGAAAAUUAGCACCGUAGAAAGGGUCAUUUCUAAGCAGAUUAACAAAGUACACUCCAAGGGGUACUAUCAGCACCGCUCCGACUUCUACUACCACUACUACCAAAAACAUGUUAUUGACACGAUUAAUAAUAAAAAAGGGAGGGAAAUUUUCUGGUUGCGGAAGUGGGAGAAUGCUUCUUUUGAGCGUGAACAUUCGUCCGGCGAGGAAGGGGGAAAGGAGCAGCAAAAGGAAAACACAAAACAAGGAAAGAAAAAACAAGAGAGGAACAAAAAUGGAAAGAUAACAAAAACACCUCAACGGAGUAGUAGCACAUUCAAUGGAAACAGUACACAAUGUGGUAGCAGUGCCCACAUAUCCACCUCAGACGACUCUUUUGGCAUCAGGAGAAUGGAGAAAAAAGAAGUAUCCUCUAGCAACGAAAAUCUGCACAAUUUUAAUGAAGAAUUUUUGCCUAAGGAUGAAUCAAAUUAUUCGGUGGAGGAAAACAUAGGAAAGGAUAAAUACUGGACGUACAUGUGUGCUCUUAAUAUCUACAAUAUUAAAGCCUUUGGAUUAUUCCGUUACAUACACCCAUCUAGCAUCAGCACGUUCAGUAGAAUAAAGCGAGUUCUGUCUGAUUUGAAAAUCCUCUACAUUGUCAUCUUAUAUAUAUACUUCCCAUUUACUCUUAUUAGCCUUUUAGAGCUGGUGUGGUGCCAACCCGUAAAGUACAAGAAUAAGACACCCAUCUUAAUUCUCUAUCACAUGCCUUCCCAAGUUUGCAACUGGAGGAAUAAAUUAUUUGCAACAGGAGUAAUAUAUUCUUCCGUCUUCUUUCUCAUGUAUUUAUUCUUAUUUAUCUUUUCGUUCUAUGGCACCUUGAAGAAUUUUAAAAUAUAUGGCUCGUAUUCAAAACGAGUGCGGAGUUACUUUCUCUUCAAUGGGUACAAUUACCAGAACAGGUGUUGGGACCUCUUUAACGUGGUCAAGGUGAUCUUCGUGGCAAUUUCCUUCACUUGUCAAUUGUACACCAAGAAAAUUCAUAACGCAAAAUAUUUCAUUUGUUGUUGCAUUGUGUUUAUCCUAAUUACAGAAGUUACUCUCAUUUUGAUGUAUUCCCCUUACGACAAAAGGUCGAAUAACAUUUUGCGCAAGUUAAGUUUGUUGUCUACCUUUUCCAUAUUGAUAACAUAUCUAAGUGUCCAGUUCAGCUUUUUCUUUAAUUUGCCCAUCAUGAACUCUUUGCCGUUCGUUUUAUUUGUAUACUUUCACCUCUAUAUGGGUAACAAAAUUGUACUAGAGUUUGCCAUUUACAAGAAUAUUUUUAAGAGGAAGGUGGAGGAAGAGGAUCAGCAAGACGUAGGGCGAGAAGCAGAGGGGUUGCUCAACGAGCAAUCCUUCUUCAAUUUUGGAAAGGAGAAAAGUAACCAGAAUGGGGCUUACCUAAACGCCCAUGCAGAUGAUAGGAUCACAAGUGGAACACACAACUCUUCCACCGAAAGGGAAGAAAAGAAGAAAAAAAAAACUUCUUUCUUUUUCUCCUUCCCUUACUCAUCUGGAUUGAAGAACUGCUACCUGUAUGAUCUCCUCCUACGCGUGAAUAAUAUCCCAUUUUAUUCCAUCCUUUUCAACGAAAAAGGGGAGGAGAUUUUCAUAUUUGAAAAGGGGUCCACCAAAUCGAAAUACGAAGAAAUAGUAAAGAAUGUAAAAAUGGACACCACGGACAGGCCUCACACAGGAGUAAUAAGCCUAGAUCUGCUACACUCAGAUUUGCUUUACUACAAUAUUAAUGAUCCCUCCAGACAGCCCCUCUCCAAUAUCAACUAUGUAAACCUGAAGAAGACAAGCACGAACUGGUCUCAACGUAUGGGUGAAAGAAAAUUAUCCAACAAUUAUGAACAAUGUUUAAGGAGAGAAAAAAAGUACUCCAAGGAAAAGGGCAACAACCUACAUGAUCACGAAGAUAGAGAAAAUUCAAGACGAGCCAUUCCUCCAAUUAAUGUAACUCAUUUUAUCAAUUGCCUCAUUGAAGCCAUAAACAUUCUUUUCGUUAAUCAGUCAUAUAACCAAAUAAACGUAGAAUGGAUCAGCUUCGUUACGAGAUUUUCUAUAUGCUUCAUACACUGGAUGAAGAACCACGACGAAAAUUUAUUGAAUCUCGUUCCAAUCAAUAAGAAACAAUUCGAAAGGAAAAAAAGAAAUCUCUUGUUUUAUUCCCUUUUUAGUUCCUACGCAGAAGUUUAUUCUGUGCGCUCCAUUAUUGGAGAUAUGGACAAGUUCGAGGGGAAAAAAAAGAAUUUCCUACAAGCGGAAAAACUAGAACAAUUUUACAUUUACCUGGAUGAAGCAAAGAAAGAAACCCCUCCAGCAAAACCAGUUAAUAGCCAAACUAAUGAUGAAGAAAAAUCCAAAUGUUACACUCCCCUAAAUUUUCUAGAUGAUGAAUUUUACAGAUGUGAAAAGGAUAUCAUUAAAUUACUUUUUGAUGAAAAUAUUUUUAAAAACUUGUCCAUCUCCAUCGUGGAAUUUUUCUUCUCAAUUUAUAUGAUUCAAUUUAUCGAAAGUAAGCGUCUCUCUAUUUUAAUUUUUCUCUUCUGCGAGAAGAAGAAAUAUUUAAGUAGGGAAAAGCAAUUCUUAAAAAUAAUCGAAGCCAGAAAAAAGGACAUCCAACUUAUUAUGUUCUCGCAGAACAACAAGCAGAUGUACGAUUUUGUGGAGAACAACUAUAUGAAUGAGUACAAUCAGGAUUUAAAAAAGAAAAUAAAAAAACUACAAAACUUAAUCCGAAAGAAGGAGAAGUCCUCUCUCAAAAGAGAAAAGGUGAAAAGCAUUACGCGUGCGCAGGGAAAUACGGCGAACAAAAUGAGCAACGCGAACGCGUACUUCGUUCAGACAUUGAAGAAGCUCCUAGAUGAUUCGUCUGCCACCACGCGGGGACACACGGGGGGCGCAAAGAGAAAGACCCAAGAGAGGACGCCAAACUAA